CAUCUGUACCUCAAUCCCCUUUUACAAUUCGCCCCUACUUUUCUCUCCUUCCCCAAAAUUCAUUUUUUUUUUAAUUUUCCGAUCGCUUCUUCUUAUUCUUCUUAUCAAGAUUUUGUGGGUGAUUGAAGAAAGAGAGAGAAGAUGGGUCAGAUCCAGUACUCAGACAAAUACUUCGAUGAUAUUUAUGAAUACAGGCACGUCGUUCUUCCUCCGGAAGUGGCUAAGCUUUUACCUAAGAAUCGUAUCCUCUCGGAAAGUGAAUGGAGAGCUAUAGGAGUGCAGCAAAGCCGUGGUUGGGUUCAUUACGCCAUUCAUCGUCCUGAGCCACACAUCAUGCUCUUCAGGAGGCCACUUAACUACCAGCAGGACCAUCAAGCUCAGAAUCUCAUUGCUAAGUAGACUUCUCUGUUUGCCCAAAAAAACUUUCUCUCUCCCUAAUAUCGUCUCUUCUUGUAAACAAGGUUUUUACAAACCAAGGCAUUCCUCCUCUACUAGUUUUUUUUUUUUUUUAAUUUUAUCUUUGUCUUGUUUAUGAAUUCUCUUCUGUGGAGAAUUUUAUGUGAGUUUGGUAGAACAACUCUUUUUUAUGAUGUUUAUUAUGUAAGUCUGGUUCUUUGCUAGACUUUUUUUUUUUUAUAUGGAUCCACCUUUGAACUUAUGCGCUGUUAAGCCGUUUAUA